UUUUGUUUUAUACCUCUGUGUACAAACACUAGUGGCUCAAUGUCUGCUAUAAAUAACGCCUUCGUUACUACGCUUGAAGAGACCUUGCAGCAGGCUACUCAACCUGACUCCCGAGUCAUCAAAGCGGCAACAAACAAGCUUAACAAUGAGCUUUAUGUCUCACCAGAGGCACUGCCUUCUAUGUUGUACAUUCUCCAGAGUAACGGUUCUGAACAGAUCCGUAUGCUUGCCUCUGUCGAGGGGAGAAAACUUGUUGACAAGCAUUGGGAUGCUUUGGACGUGUCCACCAAGCAACAGAUCAAGGAGAAUGUUGUUGUGAUUGCGUUUUCCGAGGCUUCCAAGGCUAUCCGUCAUCAAAUUGCUCAUAUCAUCUCUGCUAUCGCCAGUGCUGAGUCUGAAGAUGGUAAGCCAUGGUCCGACUUGGUUCAACUUCUUGCCACAGCCUCAACAGAUGACAACAAUGUUCCAGGAAAAGAGACUGCGUUGUUCAUUUUGGUGUCCCUCUUGAAGACCGGCAUGCCAGAGUUGGCCCAAGGAAUCACCUCUUUCAUCGAACUAUUCUCCAAGACAAUUCAUGAUCCAUCAUCUUUGGAAGUUCGUGUCCAAUCCCUCUUUGCUUUGUCAAAUGUUGCUGAGAUUGCUGAUGAAUUCAUUGACUCUCAACCUCAAGUUGGAGGAUUGUUCAAGGCUACUAUCCCAGCCAUGGUUGACGUUCUUAAGGAUGUGAUGGCUGCUAAUGACGAUGAAAACACCAAGGAAGUUUUCAACUGUUUCAAUGACUUCUUGAUGUUGGACGCCAAAAUGCUUGGUGAUGACAUCAUUGGUUUAUUGCAAAUCAUGAUUGAGAUCUCCGCCAAUACUCAAAUCGAUGAAGAGAUUAGAGGAUACGCUCUUAAGUUCUUGUUAUCUGCUGUCAAUUUUAGAAAGAACAAGAUUUCGUCGAAGAAGUUGGGUAAGGAUAUUACCCUUGUGGCUUUGAAGAUUGUUUCCGAGCCUGUUGAUGCUGAGACGGAAUUGGAAGACGACGACGAUGAUAACGAGAACGAAGAGUCAACCCCAUCCCGCUUGGCACUCAGAUUGAUUGAUGUUGCAUCAACAGUGUUGCCAUUAUCUCAAGUGGUAGGAACCAUCUUUGAGCAGCUCCCACACUUGUUGGAAUCUUCAAACCUGUUCGAACGUAGAGCUGGAUUUUUGGCCGUUGGUUAUGCCGUUUCUGGUGCCCCAGACUUUUACAGUACUAAACUCGACAAAAUCCUCACUGGGUUGGUUGCUGGCUUGAAGGACACUGAGAUCUUGGUUAGACUGGCAGCCUUGCGUGCUCUUGCUAUGUUGAUCAUCGACCUGAAGGACCUCAUCUCUGUUCACUACGAAACUCUUUUGCCUUUGAUCAUCGAGAUCAUCGACUCCGCUUCCAAUGUUACUAUCUACAAAUAUGGUUGUAUCUCAUUGGAUGGUCUCAUCGAGUUCAUGUCGAUCGAAGGUAUCACUAAGUAUUUGGAGCCAUUGAUGAACAAGCUCUUCCACAUGCUUCAAGUCACAACCGAGAACCCAAAACUCAGAGCAAUCAUCGUCUCUGCUAUUGGGUCAACCGCGUACGCUGCUGGUACUUCAUUCAUCCCAUACUUUGCCAAGUCCGUUGAGACUUUACAGCCAUUUAUUCAAGAUGCUGGAAAUGUCGAGGGUCUUUCCGUAGAUGAUAUCGAGCUCAGAGCCUUGACGUUUGAGAACAUCUCUACUAUGGCACGUGCUGUUAAGUCUGAAUCAUUCUCCCAAGUUGCUUCGCCAUUAAUUGAUUCUGCAUACGUUGCCAUCACUUGCGACACCUCCAGAUUGAGAGAAGCUGGUUACAUUUUCAUCUCUAACAUGGCCAAGGUCUACGGUAAGGAGUUUGCUCCAUACCUUCACAACAUCAUGCCACAGAUUUACUCAACUCUGCAACAAGAAGAGAUUACCUUUGGAGGUGAAGAUGAUGAAGAAGAGUUUGAUGAGGCCAAUGCAGAAGACCUCAUGGACAAGGUCCAGGUGCGUACUGGUAUUACAUUGGAGAAGGAGAUGGCUGCAAUUGCCCUCUCUGAGUUAGCUUUUGGUACAAAGGAGCUGUUUGCUCCUUACGUCGAAGAGAGUGUAACAGAAUUGUCCCAACAAUCUGCUGACUCAUACGGUAUGAGAGAAACCGCACUUGCUAGCUUGUGGAAGGUUGUUGAUGCCAUGACUUCUACCGUUUUGGAAAAGAAGCAAUAUCCAAAGGGUAUUCCUCAAUCUUCCUAUGUUCCUGAGCAAAUCUCGGCUUUGAUCCAAAAAACUAGAGAUCUCUCUAUUGAAUCGCUUGCCAGUGAGUACGAGUUCAGUAUGGUUUGCUCUGUUCUUGAAACAUUCUCAAACUUGAUCUCCAAAUACGGUGCGAUUAUCCUCAUUAACGAUGGUGAUUUGUCAUCUUUGGAGCAAUUGUGUAAUGAAUUGAUCAGUUUGUUGAAGGGUGAACACCUGUGCCAAUCUUUGGACGACGAUGAGCUUGAGGAAGAUGAGGAUAGCUCUGAGAUGGAUUCAUUGAUCAUCGACAGUGCUCUUGAAGUUUUGGUUGCCCUCUCUGAGGCUCUUGGAGCCGAUUUCAACAGGGUUUUCGAGCCAUUCAAGCCAUUGGUUUUGACGCUUGUGAAGUCAAAGGAUAAAAACAAGAAGGUUUCUGCAGUUGGUGCUAUUGCUGAUAUUGCUGCAAAUGUCAAGGAAUCCAAUCCUGAUACCGAUGAGAUGUUGCAAUUGCUUCUCACUUGCUUGCAAAAUGACAAAUCCAUUGAGGUCAGAGGUAACGCUGCUUAUGGUAUUGGUAUCCUAAUCUUCAACAGUGCAAAUGAUUAUUCUUCCGCAUAUGCAACCAUCUUCAACUUACUCUCCAAGUUGUUGACAAAGGUUCAAAAGCAAGAGACCAGUGCAGCUAUCGAUGAUGAAGAGACUCACGACGCCGUGAACAGAGCAUACGCCAAUGCAUGUGGCUGUGUCUCCAGACUGGCCCUUAAGCAACAAGCAUCCACUCCAUUGAACAUUGUUCUACCAAUCUUGUUUGAACACUUGCCAUUGCAAACUGCUUACGAGGAGUACGGCCCAAUCUACGAGCUGAUCAUCAAGUUGUAUCAAAAUGGUAACGAGGAGAUUGUUCCAUACACUCCAAAUGUCAUUGAGUUACUGUCUCAUGUCUUUGACAAAGAGCAGACCACAGAUAAGUUGGAAAGCGAGUCUACUCUUGGAAGAGAGGAGAACAUUGAUGCUAGCAGACAAUUCCAAGCCCCUGGUUCUAAGCAACACGUUGUUGAACUACUCAAGUUCUUGGAAUCAAAGUUCCCAGGUACAGUCUCACAAAAUGCUGUUCUGGCCAAGUACUUGUAAGGCAACUGCUGAUGCCCAGUGGCGAGUCUGCUGCCAUUGUCUGUGUGUAUAUUAGUGAUCGUUUAGUUUAUAUCAAUUAUUUUCCUUUAGAGUCAG